AGGCAGGUGCCUCAGGCAGGGGAGGAGCAGGGCUCACCUGGGCGCAGGUACGGCCGCAGGAUCUGUGGGGCAGCCGGAGGAGGUUGUCAGGAUGGCGAACUUCAAGGGUCACGCUCUCCCAGGCAGUUUCUUCCUCCUCUUUGGGCUCUGGUGGUCUGUGAAGUACCCGCUGCGGUAUCUCAGCCAGACAGCAAAUAAGAAAUCCCACAGGACUUACUGUUUCCAACGCGUGGAUGCCAUCGAAGGGGGAGUCAAAAUCAUCUUCGCUCUAAUAGGGAUGCUGGCAGAGCAGUUCGUCCCAGAUGGUCCACACAUGUACCUCUACAGCGGGGAGAACCACGACUGGGUGAAGCUGAUGAACUGGCAGCACACCACCAUGUACCUCUUCUACGGCCUCUCCGGGGUGGUGGACGUCUUCACCUACAUCUCCCAGGUGGUGCCGCGGGGCCUGGACCGCCUCAUGCUCUCCGUGGCCGUGUUCGUCGAAGGUUGUCUCUUUUACUACCACGUCCUUCACCGCCCCAUGCUGGAUCAGCACAUCCACUCCCUGCUGCUCAUCGCCAUCUUCUCAGGAGCCUGCAGCGUCAUGCUGGAGGUCUUCCUCCGCGACAACAUUGUCCUGGAGAUGUUCAGAGCCGGCGUCACCAUCGUCCAGGGAACGUGGUUCUGGCAGAUCGGGGUCGUGCUGUUCCGGCCAUGGGGAGGUCCAGUGUGGAAUGAGGAGGACCACAGCAACAUCAUGUUCCUCACCAUGUGUUUCUUCUGGCACUGGGCGGCCGCCGUGGCUGUCCUGGCUGUAAACUACACUCUGGCUUACUGGUGCAUCCAGAGGUGCACGCGAGGCAGCGGGGAGCCCUACAUCAACCUGGGAGUCCGGCAGCAAAAGUGUGACACCAGCUCCCAAGCCGCCUUCCUGAAUGGGUCUGAUGAAGAGUGAAGAACACAAGCAGAAUCCGUUUUCUAGAAGAAAAAAAAAAAAA